AUAUCAAAUUCCAACUGAAAAUGGGACUUUAAAUGAUCUGGAAGAAUCUCCCAAACGGCAGUGCAUUGAAAUGCAAAAAGAUGCUUCUUUGAGCAGUGGACAAGAAAAGGAGAACAUAGAAGAACCUACAUUGUCACCAUUUGUCCCAUACGCAACUUCUAAGUCUCGAGGAUUGGCAGCUCUAAAAAAACCUGCUCAUGAUACUGAAGAUGCAAAACGUCAGUGUUUGAAAAGUGUCAACCACAAUGCAGGUUCUUUAGCAGCUGGAAACAAGGCUGAAGAUAAUCCAUUCGGCCCAUUUCAUUCAGCUACUAAAGUUAGAGGCUUAGCUGCUCUGAGGAAACAAACUUCAAAUGACAAUGAUCAAAUGGAAGAAGAAAUUACAAAUGCGGAAUCUUGCAAGCCUCAAGUCAAUAAUAUCAAGACAUAUGUAUUUUCUACCAACAGCAAAGAACUUUGCUCACCAGAAAAAUCUACUCGUUCUGGCUUAACUACUAACACCAAGCAAUUAGAGAAGAAUACUAAUGUUCCUCAUUCUCCCUCCACAGAAGCUGAAACUAAGUCUAGCACUUUUACUAUUAAACUGUCUCAGACUAGUAAAUCUGUAAAUAAGGUAGAAUCAUCAAGUGGUGAAUCGGAUGGUUCUUGCGUGCCCCCUCUUAAAAGGAGUAAUGUUCGAAAUGAUGAUGUUGAUAUUGCUAGGCAGAAUAGAGAGUUAAAAGCAUGGGAUCAAGCAAUUGCUGCAACUUUGGAGACUGAAAGUUGUGUUGCAACACCUAUAAAAUUGAGAAAAUGUACAGCUCAGCAGCCAAACAUAGAAGAAAAACAAAUGCAGUCACAGAAGUUCGGACAUGGGGAAAUCAAGCAGUCCGUGAAAGAUGAAGUUGUGAAAAUGAAUGCUUCUGUGAAUCGUGAUAUCGACCCAGCAGAACUGCCACUUUCUGCUCGUAAAGCAUUGUUUGAAAAAGCGCUGUUGCAGGGGUCGCCUAAGCCGAACGAAAAUGUUGCUGAAGCUUCACUUUCAGUUGCUCAACGUGCUGCUCUCUUUGAAAAUGCCUCUAAAAAUAAGCAACUGAAACCAACAGUCCCAGCCCCACAUCGAGUUCUGCACUCGCCAGUCAAAUCUUUAACAAGUAAUGCAAAACCUGUGAGCAAAGGACCUUUUUCAAGUGAAAUCGGUUCAUCAAUUCAAGCAUUGCAAAAUGAAGGAAAAGCAUCUCCUGUGAAACAGCCCACUUCUAAGGCAGUUCAUUCAACUCCAUCUCCAAGCAAAAAUGUAGGCUCACAUACCCGCCUCGUGCAGCAAAAAUUGAUUGAAAAUGCUAACACUUGGCAGCAUAAGGACAUUGUGUCUAAAACAAGUGAGGAAAGGAAGCAAGAACUAUCAAGUUUGGUGAAUCACUGGGAAAAGCUGUCGUCUUCUUCCAGUUUAGAAAAAAGCAAUUCUGAAGAGGAACUGCCUCAAGAAAAUUUUGAUGAUGAACCUUCUUUAGAAUCUGAAGUCAUUUCUGAAGAGGAUGCUUCUGAGUGCAGCAGUGCUAAUUACAAUAAUCAAGCUAACGUGUGUGAAACAAAGGACAGAGUUAGUCCCAGUUUCAGUCAACACCAAAUAGAAGAACCAAACAAUGAAGAUAAAUUUAGUUGUUCAGAUUCUGGAGAUGAAGCUGGGAAUAAUAGUGAGCCAGAAUCCACUUCUACAGAAGGUACAUCCAGUAAUGUUUCACUGCCGCAAAAUUUCAGCUCAAGUUCAUACUACAGUGUACCUUCAAGUCAUUAUCAAACAUUAUCUUCAAUGUCAGAUAACAGCAACAAAGUUGUUUCAAGAACUGAUAGUUAUUCUAGCACAAGUUCAGUUGGCUCUUAUGAAACUAUUGCUUCGAGUCAAAGUGAAGACAAUCCUGCAAAAGAAGUAAAUCCUGAUACACCUCUAUUGUACACUGUGAGUUUUUAUAGGAAAAAAAAGCAGGAGACGAAAACACCACCUGUUCGUACUAUUGUUAGAAAAGAGCAAGUCAGUCCACCACCAGAUGAGGCUGGUCGCGGGGAAAUAAUCCAAGAACGUAUUCAGUCAUUACAGCAAGAAAUUUUAAGGCAGCAGACAGUGAUUAGCCAAACAAGUCAAGCUUUGAAUUUGUGUAGUGUUACAACAGAAUUCUCAGGUUCUUCAGAGCAAGUUGAAGGAGAAAGACUUUUAUUGAUUGCUACUCAAAAACGUCAAGCAUGUUUAAAUGAAAUACAGAGACUUAAGACUCAUGGAGCUCAAGGAGAAAGUAUUCCUGAUGGUACCGGAACUCUCACGAUAACGGGAAUUCAGCUUCCUUUGAAAAGGGAAUUUAUAGCUGCUGAGCUGGAAGGAAAAACUAAUGAAAUGGUGCAUCAUUUCUUGUGCUUGAUUCGCUUUGGAGCUCAAGUUAUAGUGACACAAAUGGUUUCUACUAGUGACAAACUUUCUGAUGGAGCUUUAACUUUUACGAAUCAUAUUAAACUGCAAAACUUGCCUGCAGAUUUUUCAGUGGUGUUUGAAGUUUAUGGCUUGCAGUCAAAAAAGGAAGUUCUCCCACAUGAAAAAAAGUACCAUAUAAAGCGAGAACAUAGCAAAAUUCGUCUUACGCCAAAGGGAAAAAGAGCUGAAGGCAAAAUAUUGCUUCCAGCUGUUAGCAGUCCUGGAGGUCCAAAUGCUGUUAGGUCAUCAAGCUUUGGUGUUAUUGGUUAUACACGGUUCACUCUUCAAAAUUGUAACAAGAGUUGCUUCACUCUCGAUAAAGUACCAUUUACAUCUCCUCUGGAAGGAGUAUUAAAGGUAAAGCUGUCUUUACAUGCUGAACAUAAAACUAUGCAAAAAGGCUUUUUGACCAUGUUUGAAGACAUAAGUGGAUUUGGAGCUUGGCACCGCCGAUGGUGUGCACUCGAUGCACAAUAUCUUUCUUACUGGAAGUAUCCCGAUGAUGAGCAAAAGAAAGAACCUAUUGGUACUAUUGAGCUCAAACAGUGUGUUACUGGUCAGGUGAAGUUGGUUGCUAGAGACAUAUGUGCCAGACCGCAAACUUUUCAAUUAGUUACAGUUCGACCACAAGAAAAAGGAGACAAAAACACUUUAAUAUCUAGAAGUGUCAAUACUUUAACAACCACAAAGCAUCUUCUAUCAGCAGACACAAAAGAAGAAAGGGUUGUUUGGUGUAAUAAGUUGAAUGAAGCUCUAACAAAUGUGAGAAAAUGGAAUCCACAAGCGCUGCGCCCAGUGGACUUUAAACAAGAUUAAAGCACAGUUGUAUAUGUUAGUGUAUAUAUAGACUUUUAAAAAUGCAUUUAGCAGGAGUGUAGAGGAGGACUGAAUAGCAUUUAUUUAUAUAUUGCUGAACUUUUUAAGAAAGAAAAGUUGAAAUUUCAACAUUGUAUUGUAAGGCACUUGCAAAUUAUCUCUGCUUUCCUCAUCAUAUAAAUGCUGAAUCUUUCGAGAAGAAAAUUAUAUAUAUAUAUUCAAAAUAUUUGAAAAAAAACCCGAAGAAAAAAUGAUGAACAUUUUAAUUGCAUUUUACUAGUCUGUUAUAACUUGUUUGAGCAUUUUAGUCACAGCAAAAUGUUUAUAUGUUACAGUUCAUUUUGCUUAAACUUUGUAUCUUAAGCAUUACAUAAAACUUAGAUUUUGUUUAUA